AUGCUUGUCUCAAUCAUCUCUGUUCUGGCCGCGGCUACCGCUGUCGCCGCCCAAGGCACUCCCGCUCCCGUCGUAAUGGGCAACCCCAUAGGUGCCAAGUACGUCGGUACUCUCCCCGCCAAGGAGGGCAGCGCUCUCACCGGAUCCAUCGAGGCCACCACCGGCGCCGACGGCAAGGGUGUCAAGUUCCAGGUCUCCUUCGCUGGCCUUCCCGAGACUGGCGGUCCCUUCAUGUACCACCUCCACGCUAAGCCUGUUCCUUCUGACGGCAACUGCACUGGUACCGGCGCUCAUCUGGACCCCUACAUGCGCGGCGAGGCUCCUCCCUGCGAUGCCACCAAGCCUGAGACCUGCCAGACUGGUGACUUGAGCGGCAAGUACGGAAACGCUACUGAGACCACUUUCUCGGCUGAGUACACCGACUUGUACUCUGCUACUCUGCCCUCUGACCCUGCUUUCUUCGGCGCCCUAUCCUUCGUUGUCCACCUCAGCAACAAGACCCGUAUCGGCUGCGCCAACUUCACCAUGGUCUCUGCUGGCGAGGGAGAGGGCUACCCAGCCGCCUCUUCCUCCGCUGCCAUGUCUUCCGCCCCAGCCAUGUCCUCCGGAUACGCCAUGCCUCCUACUACUGCCUCAUCUGGUUUCGCCAUGCCAUCAGGCUCGCCCGCCUACAACGCCACCAGCACCAGCAUGAUGUCGCCCACCACCGGCAUGCCCAUCCCUCCCAGCUCGGCCUCCGCCUCAGCACCAGCUGAGUUCAGCGGCGCCGCCGUCAAGGUCGCCGGUGGCGCUGGUGCUCUGCUUGCCGCUGCUGCCGCGCUCGUCUUGUAA